UAGAAUUGAUACCACGACCAGCUCGUGCUUGUCCAGACCCACCUUUGUAUUUACGCUUACGCAUGGGUAAACCCAUUGGCAAAGCAAUACCGCUACCGACAUCUGUUAUGUCGUACGGCAAAAAUAAGUUGAGACCUGAAUAUUGGUUCAGUGUGCCUAAAAAUCGUGUUGAUGAAUUAUAUCGCUUUAUAAAAACUUGGGUCCCACAUCUUUAUGGUGAAUUAAAUGAAGAGCAAAUCAAGGAACGUGGUUUCGAACUAAUACAGGAUGACACCGAAUGGACAAAGAGUGGCACCAGAAAAACUGGACAGCGUGGUAGUCAAGAUGGUGAAGAAAUUAGUGAUUUAACACGUGAAUCCUGGGAGCUUAUAAAGGCGCCCUUCGCCAAGACAUACAACAUAAUUAAAACGGCAUCGCAUGCCGCAUCGCAUGAUUUGGAUUUGUUGGGCGGCGAGGGUAUGGUCAUGCGCAAAACAUCAGCCUAUGCCUUACCAAGACCAUGGUGCGUGGUACUUUAUCACACCCUUCUCGAGGUGAACCUGUUUGUAGUUGAUAACUUCAUUGACUCAACAGAACACUAUGGAUCUAGAGAGGAAAACUCGAUAAAACCCGUAAUCUCCGGUGUUAUUCGACCCGUGCCGAUGAGAUGA